AUGGUCGUACCCUCUCUCGUUCUCGCACUAAACCCAAAAAAGCCAUGCAAGAGAAUCGUGCUCUACUACCACGACAUUCUCUUCAACGGCACCGACGCAGCAAACACCACCUCAACAAUGAUAACCAACGGGUCCCGCGCACUCGGCUCGGAAUUCGUUAUGAUGGUGGUCGUUUUCGACGACCCGUUGACCGAAACGGUCAUCUUCGGUCACCCGAUCGAGGCCGCUAGGGCACAAGGGUUUUAUUUCUACGACCGGAAAACUUAUAGUGCAUGGUUUGCCUACAACGUGAUAUUCAGUACGCCGCUAAAGGGGACUUUGAAUAUUAUGGGGGCGGACCCACUGCCGGAGAAAACACGAGACCUCUCGGUUGUUGGUGGGACCGGAGAUUUCUUCAUGGCUAGAGGGAUUGCGACUUUCAAGAAUGAUGAAGUUGAGGGUGAUUUCUAUUUUCGUUUGCAAAUGGAUAUCAAAUUGUAUGAAUGCUAUAAUUAA